GUCACCAAAGCACUGCACGGCAUUGUUACAAAUGUCUAGUCCUGUCUUGCUAUUGCUGAUAGCUACUUCCUUAGGUAUCUUUGGUGGUGAAAAUAUGGCAGUAGGUAGAGUCAUUACUGUUCCUGAAGUUAAAUGUAGGAACAGUCCAGGAUUUAUCUAUCAAAAAAUUGGAAAAUCAAAUGUAUGUUUCUUCUUUAGCAGGACUGGGAAUAACUUCACCAAUGCAAAACUGGACUGUGAAGGAAAAGGUGCCAGACUGACUGUAGUAAACAUGCAGAGAAAGAGACAAGUAUUAGAUAGAAAACCAGAUACUUGGAUCGCUUUGGAAGAUAGACAAACGGAAGGGAAAUAUAUUUGGCAUGAUGGAACAGAGCAAACUGCCCGCCAGAGAAGGGACUUUUCUUGCUACGGGCAACCAGACAAUUGGAAUGACGCCGAAGACUGUUUACAUGCAUCAAAAUGGUGUUCAGCUCCAAGGAAUAUUAACGACGGUAGUUGUGCUGAAAGUUUUGAAUAUCUUUGUGAAAAAGUUGGAUAGAUAUAAAAUCAGCCUGACCACUUUAUCAAUCACUCUAUCCAGAACCAGAAAUCAUUGCGUAACAUGCUAAUAAAGAACUAAUCUAUAAAAAUUUGUUUUAUAAUAACUAUAUCGAUAUUUCCAAUUGUAUAGACUUAUGAUAUCCAAUUAAUCACAUCUGUCCAAAUUAUAGGUUGGAUUGUACAUAACUAUGGUAUAAUUUUACUGUUUAUAAUAAUUAAAAUUUAGUCAAAUUUAAUAAUAAUCCUUGCUAUGCCUCUCUAUAUUUUAAUCAAUUAAGCAUUUGUAUUAUAGACCUAAAGUACUGUUAAGUCUUUAUUCUUUCUGGCUGACUUAAGCAAUCAGUUUAAGCUCUAGUAACACUAAUAAAGAAGAAGCGCUUAAUAGUCUAUGUUAUAGCUGAGAAAAAAAAAUGUUCCUUUAUCUUUCUGACUCUUCUCUCUUUUUUUAUUUGAUACGCAUUUCGUCAUGAUUAUUUUAUUUAUUUUUCAAAAUUCAAACCAACUUCUUGACUGAUUGUGUUCGUGAACAUAAAAUAUAACAAGCAAAUUAUCAAAAAUCAUUUUAAAAAACAAAGCUUACCUUUGAGAAAGAAUAUUAAUGAAGAU